AUGGAUUUUACUGCAUCUUCUACUGGAUCCACGUUUCUCAUUUCCGGCUACGAGGACGAGUCCUUAGAGACGGCAAAGCCUCUUCUCGGAAGUCCGGCCAUUGGAACCCUGCCUGUGCCGUUUGGUGCAGGUGGAUCUGCUGAUGUCCUCGUGGCCGCGCCGCCGACAGUGUUCCAAGAUCGGAUGAUAUCACCACAACUUUCUGCUUCUCCACCUAGCACGGGGCUUGUUGAUCAUCUCGCAACAAAAAGCAUGGCUAUUCUAGCACUUAGUCAGAGUGUUCGCGAGGCUGUGCCGGUUUAUCUCGAGGUGUAUUGGAACAAGGUGCAUCCCAUGUACCCGAUUAUCCACCGACCAACAUUCGACAAGGCAAUCGAGAGCACGUCCGAGGUGCUUGAUACGUUGAAGCUUCCGGUGCCAGUCAAUGGCCGGUCGAAAUAA